UCGGAAUCUGGCAUCGUUUAGUCGCAUGUCUUACCUUGCAUUGAGAAAAGAACACAACAAAUAUUGAUUUUUCUGUUAUUGAGAUUUUAAGCGGGAAACGUUCUACAAAAUAGAAACACUUAGAGUGUAAAGGUUUACAUAUUAUCGAUUUUCUCCGAAAAGUUAUUUUUAGUUGUCGCCCGCUACCGACCACGUAAGGUCAUUGCCAAAACGUGGUUCUCCUUCUUGCGUCCUAUUUCACGCGAAUGUAGCUGUGGACAUUUCCCCUCUACGCAAUCAAUCCGUUUGUGUAUGUUAUGCUUUAUGACAUUCGUGUAGGACAUGCAAAACAAAUUAUCAUCUAUUGUUGAUCAUUUUUAGUUUCGAUCUGCAGAAAAAGUUGCUUUUUUGUGGAUUUAUUUUGCUGUAAAAGAAAGCUACAAGCUGGCACGUUUCAAAGUAUAUUUUAGACGAUUAAGGACUAGUAUAUGAUUGUCUGAAAUUGCUUUUCUGUAUAGUAAAUCUAUUUUAUUUAUAAACAAUGGCUACUAUACUGAAAAUUGGAACGUUUAGUGCUCUGGUAUGCAGAAAAUCUUACUUGCAUUUGCGAGUAAGUUCCGCUAUGGGCGGGAACAAAUUCAGGACAUAUAUGACAAAAACUUCUAAAGAACCUUUUUUAAAUGGAAGUUCAUCAACUUAUGUUGAAGAAAUGUAUAAAGCGUGGCUGAAAAACCCAGAAAGUGUUCAUAAAUCCUGGGAUGCCUUCUUUCGUAGUACAUCUGAAGGUGCUCAACCAGGAGAUGCAUACCAGAGCCCACCCCUUGCUCCUGUCCAAUAUGUCCAGGUUCCUAUAGAACAUCUACAAGGUACUACUACUACUGCACUUACUCCUUCUGCUGCACCUCAGUAUGUUGAACCUAGAGGUAUUGAUGAUCAUCUGUCAGUGCAAGCCAUUAUUAGAUCUUAUCAAGUCCGAGGUCAUCUAGUUUCAAAAUUGGAUCCUUUAAACAUAACAUCUGCCAAUAUCCAUAAUGCAUUCUCAGAAGGAUCUCCGAGCUCCCCACAAGUUGUUUUAAGAAGCUACCAGUUGGAGGAAAAAGACAUGGAUCGUCUUUUCAAGCUUCCUGGAAGUACUUUUAUCGGGGGUGACGAAAAGGUCCUAUCACUUCGAGAGAUACUUAAACGACUGGAGGAUGUAUAUUGUAGUCAUAUUGGUAUUGAGUAUAUGUUUAUUAACAGUCAAGAACAAUGCACAUGGAUAAGGAAAAAAUUCGAAACUCCUGGAAUAAUGAAUUUUACAAAAGAACAGAAACGUUUAUUGAUGGCUCGUCUAAUUCGAUCUACAAAAUUUGAAGAAUUCCUUGCCAGGAAAUGGGUAUCAGAGAAACGAUUUGGCUUAGAAGGCUGUGAAGUACUUAUUCCAUGCAUGAAAACUGUCAUUGAUCGUGCAAGUGAGCUUGGUAUCGAAAGUAUUGUGAUUGGAAUGCCACAUAGGGGCCGAUUAAAUGUGCUUGCAAAUGUUUGUAGAAAACCCCUAGAGCAAAUUUUUGCCCAGUUUAGCGGUCUUGAACCAGCUGAUGAGGGUUCUGGUGAUGUAAAAUACCAUUUAGGAAUGUGCCAUGAGCGAUUAAACCGUGUGACGAACAAGAAUGUCAAAUUAGCCGUGGUUGCAAAUCCAUCUCAUUUAGAAGCUGUUGAUCCAGUGGUGCAGGGUAAAACCAGAGCAGAACAGUUUUACAGAGGAGAUACUCAGGGUCAAAAGGUGAUGAGUAUUUUACUGCAUGGUGAUGCUGCAUUUUCUGGACAAGGUGUUGUGUAUGAAACUUUCCAUUUAAGUGACUUACCUGAUUACUCAACUCAUGGUACUAUUCAUAUUGUUGUUAAUAAUCAGAUUGGAUUUACAACAGAUCCUCGAAGAUCCCGAUCAUCUCCUUAUUGUACAGAUGUUGCUAGAGUUGUAAAUGCUCCUAUUUUCCAUGUAAAUGCAGAUGAUCCAGAAGCUGUUGUUCAUGUCUCCAAUGUCGCUGCUGAAUAUCGUGCUAAAUUUGGAAAAGAUGUUGUUGUCGAUUUGGUUUGCUAUCGACGAAAUGGCCAUAAUGAAAUUGAUGAACCUAUGUUCACUCAACCGCUUAUGUACACAAAGAUUCGAAAGACUCUUCCUGUUCUUGAAUUGUAUAGUAGACAUCUUGUUCAAGAGGGAAUGGUUACUGAGAAGGAAAUUGAAGAAGAAGAAGCUAGAUAUGAAGCAAUUUUGCAAGAGGCUUACAGCAAUGCAGAAAAAGAUAUUAGGAUGUAUAAUACUGAUUGGUUAGAUUCACCAUGGAAAGGCUUCUUUGGUACAAAAAAUCCUCACAAGUGUGAUCCGACUGGGGUUUCCGAAGACAUUCUACGUCAUAUUGGUGUUGCUUUCAGUUCAGCACCUCCUGGAAACUUCAAAACACACCCUGGCAUCAAAAGAAUUCUGAAAUCUCGUAUGGAAAUGGUUGAUAAUCGUGUUGUCGAUUGGGCUUUGGCUGAAGCUAUGGCUUUUGGGUCUCUAUUGAAAGAAGGUGUUCAUGUUAGGCUUAGUGGUCAAGAUGUUGAACGAGGCACUUUCAGCCAUCGUCACCAUGUUUUACAUCAUCAAACAAUAGACAAGACCACUUACAGGCCUUUGUGCCAUUUAUGGCCUGACCAAGCUCCCUACACUGUAUGCAAUAGUUCUUUAUCUGAAUAUGCUGUUUUAGGUUUUGAACUUGGUUUCUCUAUGACGAAUCCUAAUGCACUUGUUAUGUGGGAGGCUCAAUUUGGUGAUUUCAUGAAUACUGCUCAAUGUAUUAUUGAUCAGUUUAUCAGCAGUGGCCAAGCAAAAUGGGUCAGACAAAGUGGACUUGUUUUAUUAUUACCUCAUGGAAUGGAAGGAAUGGGUCCAGAACAUUCAAGUGCUCGACCAGAACGUUUCCUCCAACUUUGUAGUGAAGAAAUGGAAGUGUUUCCUACAAUCGACGAAGAUUUUGCUGUUAGACAGCUACAUGAUUGUAACAUGAUUGUAGUGAAUUGCAGUACACCGGCUAAUUACUUCCAUGUCUUAAGAAGACAAAUUCUAUUACCAUUCAGAAAACCUCUUAUAAUCUUUACUCCCAAAUCCCUUCUUCGGCAUCCUGAUGCAAGAUCGUCAUUUGAUUCCAUUGUUGAUGGCACUUCAUUUGAACGGUUAAUACCUGAUGAUGGUCCUGCCAGCCAGAACCCACAGAAUGUUGAGCGAAUUGUUUUCUGCACUGGAAAACUAUUUUAUGAACUUGAGAAAAAACGGAAAGAAAGUAAUUUGGAUUCAUCUGUAGCUAUUGUAAGAAUAGAGCAGCUUUGUCCAUUCCCAUUCGAUCUUGUCAGAAAGGAGAUUGAAAAAUAUCCUAAUGCUAAAUUGGUAUGGUCUCAAGAAGAGCACAAGAAUCAAGGAUACUGGUGUUAUAUUCAGCCUCAUAUGGAAACUGUCACAAAUCAUGAACGUCAUAUUAGUUAUACUGGACGCGCAGUAUCUGCAUCCACAGCUACAGGCAGUAAGCAAGCUCAUAAAAAGGAACAAGAGAAAGUUAUGACUGAUGCUUUGGGAUUAUGAGAAGAAAUUUGUUCUGUGAUACAAGACUGACAUUAAUAAAAUAUUGCACCAAGGAUUACUAUGAACUUUAUAUACCAAAAUUGUGCGAAAUUAGUGCAAUUAGAGCUGUAUGGACAUUUUAAAUAAUUUAAGCUUGAAUUUUAUUUUUAACAUAAUAAAUAUUUUGAUUUCUCCCCUCA